AUGGCUGACGAGGAGCAUGAUCAGAACAUGAUUAACGACGAUGAUGGAGAAGUAGUACUUAACAACAGUGAUCCUGACUAUGAGCAACCAAGCUAUCUGAGUAGGUUGUUGCUGCAACCAGAGGAAGCCCGAUUGUGGGAUCUCAUUCUUCUCUUAUUUUCCUCUGACGUGGAAAGCAGGGAUUUCAUCGAUUGCUCCGGCGGCCGACGACCGCAGGGAGCUGAUUUCCAUCCGAGAUGGCUCAUUUUCAUCUCCGUCACCGCACAAAAGUUGUUCCGUCGAUCGAGGCAGCCGAUGGAGCGAAUCGGCAGGGGGCUGGAGCUGUGGCUCAACUUGCUGUCCAACAAUGGCGGUCUUCUCAAACUCUUGCUCAAACUCUUAAACGGGAAGGUUGUGUGGCCGGAGAGGUCGUCGGCGGAGUUUACGUCGUUGAUCGGGAACCUUGACCGGAGAGUAGAGAUGGAUAAGAACGUGAGACCGGGUCAUCGGAGAUACAAGGCUGUCUUGUCCCUAAUGGCUGCCAAGCUGUCGUACGAGAAUGAAGCCUUUGUUAAGUCCGUCGUCCAAGACCGUUGGAAGAUGGAAUUCAUCGGCUUCUACAACUUUUGGAAUGAGUACCAAGGAGAGGCGUCAACGCAAGCCAUAAUGCUAAAAGACACCACCUCAGCCCCAAACCUCACAAUCAUCGCCUUCCGCGGCACCUCCCCGUUCGACGCCGCCGCCUGGUGCACCGACGUGGACCUCUCCUGGUACCAGAUCCAAGGCGUCGGCAAACUCCACGCGGGCUUCAUGAAGGCCCUGGGCCUCCAAAAAACCGGCUGGCCCAUCGAACUAGUCAGCCCACCACAAGAUAACGGAAACCACCCUCCGUCCGCGUACUACUCCCUGAGAGCAAUGCUGAAAGAAGAAAUGAAGAAGGAUGCAGGCUCCAAGUUCGUGCUGACGGGGCACAGCCUGGGCGGCGCGUUGGCGAUUCUGUUCGUGGGGGUACUCGCGCUGCACGGAGAGGCGGAGCUGCUGGAGAGGCUGGAAGGUGUGUACACGUUUGGUCAGCCGCGAGUCGGGGACGAGGAGUUUGGUGGGUACAUGGAAGGGAAGUUGAAGGAGUAUGAGAUCAAGUACCUGAGGUUUGUUUAUGGGAAUGAUGUGGUGCCUCGAUUGCCGUACGAUGACAGGACUCUGUUUUACAAGCAUUUUGGGCCUACCCUCUUCUACAACAGCUGCUACAAAGUCAAGGUUAUGGCGGAGGAACCAAAUAAGAACUACUUUUCGCCGUUGUGGGUUGUGCCCAAGGUUUUGAAUGCGGUGUGGGAGUUGAUGAGGAGUUUCAUGUUUCCAUACAUAAGAGGGAGGGAGUUGAGAGAAACUUGGUUGAUGAGAGUGUUUAGGGUGUUAGGGCUGAUGAUGCCAGGAUUAGCCAAUCACUGCCCUCAGGAUUAUGACAACUGUACGAGAUUGGGAUCCUGGCCUUCGUCUCUGCACCCGCCAGAUGCUCAUAACCCGGAGGAAAAGCUCAUUCACCACCAGGAUUAA